AUGGUAUCUCGCUCCGGCGAAGGGAAUGAGGGGCCGCGCCCCCUCACCCCCUCCAGGACCCCCGGCACGCCGAUUAAACCGCGAUUGACACGGAUCAGCACCAGCCCAACCAAGCGCGAUGAGAAACCAAAGGAGGAGAAGGUCUUGAAGUCGUCGGCCAAGGACGUGGCAGAGCUGAAGGAUUACCAACUGGGCGACUGUCUAGGGAAAGGAGCUUUUGGAUCGGUCUACCGUGCAUUGAAUUGGAAUACUGGGGAGACAGUCGCCGUGAAGCAAAUCAAGCUGACGGACCUUCCUAAGAGCGAGUUGCGCGUUAUCAUGCUGGAAAUCGACCUCCUGAAAAACCUUGAUCACCCGAAUAUUGUCAAGUACCAUGGAUUUGUGAAGUCGGUCGAAACCUUAAACAUCAUUCUCGAAUACUGUGAGAACGGCUCACUUCACUCUAUCGCAAAGAACUUUGGUCGUUUCCCAGAAAACUUGGUUGGUUUAUAUAUGUCCCAAGUGCUGCAUGGUCUACUGUACUUGCACGAGCAAGGUGUAAUCCACCGAGAUAUCAAGGGUGCAAACAUCUUAACCACAAAAGAAGGCCUGGUCAAACUCGCAGAUUUCGGUGUGGCCAGCAGAACAACCGGUCCGAGUGAGUCGAGCGUUGUUGGUACCCCGUACUGGAUGGCACCCGAGGUCAUUGAACUCUCGGGGGCAACUACCGCGUCGGAUAUUUGGAGUUUGGGAUGUACCGUCAUCGAACUUCUCGAGGGAAAACCACCGUAUCACAACCUACAGCCGAUGCCGGCGUUGUUUCGCAUUGUUAACGAUGAUCAUCCUCCACUUCCUCAAGGUGCUUCACCGGCCGUGAAAGACUUCCUGAUGCAGUGCUUCCAAAAGGACCCCAAUCUGCGUGUCUCAGCAAAAAAACUACUAAAACAUCCUUGGAUCGUUAAUGCUCGCCGAACAGAUUCUGUUAUCCCGAAGAAAUCCACAGAGUACGAAGAGGCCGUGAAAAGUGUACAGGAAUGGAACGAAGCCCUCCGGUCUCCCGGUGCAGGUACAUCGAGGAAAAGCAACAAGUUUGAACACGGUGUCGGACCUCUUUCUACACAGCGCAAUUCUCUCGUGGACACAUUGCCAUCUCCAACUUCCCACAAGACUACUGAUCGGUUCCGUUCCCCAGAAUCUGCAGAAGAUGACAACUGGGACAAUGAUUUUGCGACAGCGAUCUCCCCUAGCGCAUUGCAGCUACCUCAUCUUCGACCUCAUGAUAACUUUGGUGGAAUGCUUUCUUCCGAGCGACUCAAGGCAUUUGCGUCGCUCGAUGGGACAAUGUUGAGACCCGACGACAGCUUCGAUGAAUUUGAAGAUUCAUCCAUGACAAUACAAGAUAAUGACCCCCUACAAACAAUACGGCCAUAUUCAACCAAGCCCUCGGCAGUUGAACCGUCCAAAUCUCACAGCCCUGUUCGGCCUCAACCGAGCAAGCCUUCGGCAUCGGCUUUGCAAAAUGUCCCAAUCCUGACACAGAAUCCUGUGCCACCGAUGAGGCGAGCACGCCCGGCUAAUAUCUACAAAGAAAACUCCGUCGAGGAUUACAGCGAUCUCAUUAUGGCAAACGAGGACGUUCUUGAUCGAAAACUUGGUCUAAUUCUCGAAGACGACGAUCCUGCUUCCCCGGUACAUGAAAACGGAUACAACGCGUUUGAUGACGAUCGAAGCGGUCAGCACCCUCAACUGCGUAAGCAGCUUUCUGUGAAACGCGACCGUUCAACAAUCGAGAUUCACAAGUUUGCAGAAAAUGAAAGCGACGAGGAUUUCUCCGAUAUCCUCGGAGCUGAAGAAGUGGGCUUAGAUACCGAGGAGUGUGAUGACGGCUCGGAUCGUAGCACUUUGAUGCUGAACUCCAAGUUGUCUAAUAACUCAUGGCUGGGAGAUCAAGAUGACGACGAUGAUCCUUUUGCCCAACUAGAGGAAGGAUUUGAUGAAAUGGAUCUAGAGGCUAACAUCGCGCGCGAUAAAUAUGCACGCCUAAGGAACCAAGUUGAGGGACUGGUGGCCUCUUUGAAGACAUCCCAGGACGAAGAAGUCCUCGCAGAUAUUUCGGAACAGCUCCUCACUGAUUUCUGUGACCUGCCGGAGACCAAGAGCAUCAUCAUUAGCGCACAUGGAAUGCUGCCAAUUUUGGAAAUCCUUGACACAUCGCGCCGCCGAGACACUAUCAUAUGCCUACUCCGCGUUGUCAAUGCCAUAAUUUACAACGACUACGAAGUCCAGGAGAACCUGUGUUUCGUUGGUGGAAUUCCCAUCAUCAAUGAGUUUGCAUCCAAGAAGUAUCCGCGCGAAAUUCGUCUAGAGGCCGCUGCUUUUGUGCAACAGAUGUAUCAAACAUCCACUCUUACACUGCAAAUGUUUGUUAGUGCUGGCGGUCUUAAUGUCCUAGUUGAGUUUUUGGAAGACGACUAUGAGGAUGAGCGCGAUUUGGUAUUGAUUGGUGUCAAUGGAAUUUGGAGUGUCUUUGAAUUACAGCAGGGGUCGACUCCGAAAAAUGAUUUUUGCAGGAUUUUGUCGCGUAACUCUGUUCUCGACCCCCUCUCACUCGUGCUAAGCCGUGUGUUGGACGAAGAAGGCCAUCUGGCGGAGGUAAUUGAGGGCCGCAUUGCCAACAUCUUCUUCAUCUUCUCGCAGGCUGAGAAUCAUGUCAAAGAGAUGGUUUCGGAGCGAACUGUGUUGCACAGAGUUCUUAAAGAACUUAAACGGAUGUCCCCCAUCCACCAAAUCACAAUGCUCAAGUUCAUCAAGAACCUUUCUAUGCUUUCGACUACCCUGGACUCUCUUCAGAAUUCCAAUGCAAUUGAUGUCCUUACGGAAUUGCUUCGGUCAACUAUGAAGAGAGGGCAUUUCCGAGAGGUUUCAAACCAAAUUCUCAACACCAUCUACAACAUGUGCCGUCUGAACAAAUCUCGGCAAGAGGAUGCUGCCCUUAACGGUAUCGUACCUUUGCUGCAGAAAAUUGUCAAUACUGAGCGACCCUUGAAAGAGUUUGCUCUACCGAUUCUCUGUGAUAUGGCACAAUCCGGUAAAGUUGGCCGGAGAGAACUAUGGCGUAAUAAGGGUCUCGCCUUCUAUAUCUCGCUACUUGCGGAUCCAUACUGGCAAGUGACGGCUCUGGAUGCCAUUUUCACGUGGCUGCAAGAAGAGACCGCCAAGGUCGAGGAGCAUCUGCUAGACACUCGUCCAGACAGGAACUCCUUCACCGACGCUAUCGUGCGGUGCUUGGCACUCACCAAGGCAAACGCCUUUGAGAAUAUCCUUGACCCACUACAAAAGCUUCUUCGAUUAAGUCCCCCAGUGGCGUCCACAUUUGCUCGGCCGGAUCUAUUCACGAGACUGGGUCAAAAGCUUCAUCACAACAAGGCCGCCGUACGCUUAAAUAUUUUGCGUAUCAUAUCGACAAUUUGCGACUCAAGUGAACAACAAGGUGGUCUCCUUGCCACCUAUGGCUUACUAGAUGCCAUUCGAGAACUUGAGAAUGACCCUGCUAUUCUCGUCCGAGACAUGGCAGGCAAGCUCAUUCAGUCCAAUGAGCGCAGCGAUGCGUUUGCCGCCAGCAAGCGUAGACCGGUCAGCCGCAGGAAAAGUACAUCCACAACUCCACCAAAUCUAUUCUCUAGCUCGACACCCUCAACUCCCCAAGCCAACCGCGCAAGCCAACCAAGGGGAUAUUUCGAGGGCCGCGAGACCCCGCGCCAUCCACGCAACUCCCUGAGUGUUUCUUCCCUCGCUAUGCGACCGGGUAGUCGAGACGGAAACAUGCCUUCUUCCCUUAGCACUGCAGCCAAUACCGGUGCAGCUGCAUCACGGGCUCGUGUUCCACGCGGAAUGACCAACCGACUUUCUUAUAUCGAGACCCUUCAAGACGAGAGUGGACAAGCGCCUAGCUCUCUCAGUCGUCGACCUUCUGUAAUUCCUCGACGCCGCCGGCCCGCGGUUGCCGAUUCUGAAUGGACAUAA